AUGUGUCUCCGUGCGACAUGUUCGGUUAUCAGUUGGAUGAUCAACGCAUAAUCAUGUCAUUUCCUGCGACAUUAAUUCGUUGAUGUGAUAUCAUGCGUCGCUGCGACAUUAGUAGUCGUAACAACGCCCACUCUUGCUAAAACCACCUAACAAUCACGUUUGCAACUUCAGAUAAUUAUUAACUCGUCGAAAAUAGGAAGUUGUUAAUUCAUAAAUAACUCGCAUCUUGCUGCCGUCUUCGAAUAAUCUUCGACCAAACAUUACCUGUUAGUCAUUCGAUAGUUUUGCUGCCUAUAGCUUCUCGAUGAAUGUUGCCGAGCCUCGGUCCUAAGAUGCCAGGUUUUCGCAUCCUAAUAGGCCUACUGGUUUCUUUUUCAUCUGCCAUUCAUUUGUCAGACAGUUCCUGUCCUGAUGGGUGGGAUGGUAUAGGAACUAGAUGCUACAAACGUCUACCGACUUUCCAACUUGGAUAUCUUGACGCUGUUUCUACAUGUGAGUCAAUUGGAGGCAGCCUCUUCGUUCCUAAUAACGAAGACGAGAUCGCAAUUGUCUCUUCCCAGUACGGAAAACGAUAUUAUUUUGAUGAAGCAGUGUAUAUGUGGGUUGGAUGUGAAUACGAUAGAGAAGAGGAUAUCUUCAUUUGCGUAGAUGGCACUAAGCUUCAUCUCAACAAUAGCUGGUGGUAUCGACUUGAUAUGUUCGUUAACGAGCCAUCUUACCGACUUCAUAUUACAAAGCACGAAACAAUGUGUGCAUCGUACCAAACCUUCGGUAUGAUGCACAUUGAAUGCUCAAUUACCUCAGUGGAGUUGGUGACACUUUGCGAAGCCGGCCUUCUCUCGAUUCCUCAUGUUGGCAUACAACCAAAGAUCUUCACUCCAUCUACGGACAACAAGGGACGUGCUCUGAUUGGUUACUGCCGUAUUGACCCUGACGAUCACGUGAUUAACCCUUCAUCAGGACAAGAGCCACCGUGCGCUGUAGCUUGCAAAAAUAUUAAAGAGAUUCAAAAGAAAUUCAUAACGAAUGAAUUAAAAAAAAUGAAUAAAAUAAGAAGGCAUCGAUUACGGUAGACUUAUCAGUACGUAUGCCUUAUCACAAGUGGAACUCUUGAGAUAAUAUUCAAAAUUUGAUUUUAUUCGGCUGAAUUAUAAGACUGCAUAAAGAAAAAGCAAAGACGGAUCAAAGACCGAUACUUUUCGUCUACAAAUCAUUUACAAAAUAAAGUUUUAUAUCAUGGCAAAAUGUCCUUAUAAUGUCGCACUCGCAUCAUGUGCGAUCCAUAUCCACUUUAGAAUUUUCCUACACAGUGCUUAAAUUCACCUUGUCUCGCCUGAACGAAGUCCGGCAGAACUUUUUCUGUUAACCUUUCGUCUGUUAAUGUCUGGAAAUGCAGUUACCAGAAUGACAAUUAUAUCUAGUAUUUACACUAAUUUAAAUACUCAAGCUUCAAGGGCCUAGCGGAUUUGCGGGAUGGGCUAGAAUGAAUGGACUUUCAGAAAUCAACGAAAGUGCAUCUAAUCAAGGAGGAAUAGUGGCAAGAGACCGCGGGGGCCAGUCAAAUGUACUGCUAUACACACGCGUGGCCAAAUUAUUUCCAGACACCCUCUAAACGAGUUUUUCUCUGUGUGGAAAA